AUGAAUUUUCUCCAAUCACUUUCCAUAGAUUUCUGUGGUAGUUCUCUAUUUAUCAACUCUAAACUUAUGUGGAAAGUAUUUUUCGCUCAGAAAUUUCCCGUCUCCAUUUUUACCUUUGUGGGAAUUCUGGCGUUUAUUAAGUUAAUCUAACCAGAGUUCUAAGCGGAAUGUCUUCAUUAACUGUUCCAUUUUCAUUUUCAGAGAGUUUCAGCUUCAUCAGGUGACUUGCAAAGCUGCAAAAGCAAACUGGAAUCUCUAUUUUGUUAUGAUAAAUCGAUUCCAGAAGAGAAAAUUGAAAAGCCCAUUGGUUUAUCAUUGAGCACGAAGGAAAUUGGGGAUAAAUCCCCUUGCAUGGACUGUGAAUCAAAAGGGGCUGUCUUGUGCACUACGUGCUCUGGUUCAGGCUUAUAUGUUGACUCCAUUUUGGAGUGUCAGGGGAUUAUUGUCAAAGUUAGGUGUCUAGGUACGUAUCUCCUUUCAUAGUUCCUUUUACCACCAUGCUCAAUAUAAAUCUGCUUUAUAUCAAAAACACUAGAUUUAUCAGUUUUCAACCAUAUCUUUCCUCUCUCGUGUACUGAUUUGAUUUCAUCAUUUCUGUGACGAAUUUCGAGAACUGUUGACUUUUGUUCCUUCAGUUGGUAGCAUUGAUGAUUUAUAUUCUAUCGUGAUAUAUGAUGGAAUAUAUACAGAAAAAAGUAUUAACCAAAUUUCUUGGAUCCUUUAAGGACCGACACAAGCAACUACAUAUGUUAAAAGAUUUAGCUGCGAUAGAGACUAACUGUGAGAAGCUUAUGGUCCUAGAUCGAAAAGCCUCUAUUUUUUAAACAAUAUAGCAUCUUUUUUUGAAGUCAAGCAUAAACUUCCUCAUAUAUGAUUUGGUGUGCUGUGCAUGCGGAAAAAUCCUCAUCCGAUAAUGACAAUACUGUAGUCACUACUGAAAAAUCCUCAUACUUGCUCUUUUCUCACAAUCUGUAGUCACUACUGGAGAAGCUUGCUACAAAUCCAACCAGGUGGGGACAUGCAAGCACCUGUUAGAUCUAACUUGAUGCAGUAUCAUGCCUAGUUCUUUACCUUAUUAACCCGCUGUAAUAAUGAAAAGCUAACAGUGGUACAGUAGAAAUGCAGACAGAACGAAAACAAGCUGGAGAGAAUAAAAUGCCUGCAUUUUAUACGAGUGUCACAUGGGGGGAAACAUGAUGUUGACCUUUCAAUCAUCAGCUCAAGACUCGAACCACAAACUUCUCAUAGUUACAGUCUCUAUCUGAGUUAAAUCUUUCAACAUAUGCAGUUGCUUCUGUCGGUCCUUGAAAGGAUUACAGAAACUUGGUUAAUACUUCUUUUCUGCAUAUAUCCAUGAUUGAAACAGCUUUUUCUUGUAUACCUCUUAGACAUUUUAAUUUGCAUAAUAUCUGGUGGUCUAUGUUUUAAAUACCUUUGGACACAAUAUCCGAAGGAAAAGGUAAGAAAACCUGACAUGUGUUCAGUUCCAUGAGAAAUUGUCACAUGAACUCGCACGUGUAUUCAUAACUUGGCUAUUGUUUGUCUGCAUAUGUUCUACAGUUUAUUCAUUUCCCUUCAGAAGUGUUGGUUUACUUUCCUGCCCUGAUGUGGAACCUGUUGGGCUGUGGUCAUAGGCUGUGGCGGCUCUGGCAACACCAUGUGUUCAACAUGUGGAGGGAGAGGCCACCUCUGA